GCCGCUGCUGAUGUGGCGGAGGGUGGGAGGCGGCCGCGGCUCCCGGAUGGAAGGAGGGUGCCAAGGCUGGAGAGGGUGGUCCUGGGUGGGGGUCCAGGAACAGGCCCAACAAGCCAAAGAACGGGAGACGGGGGUCUUGGGCACAGACCCCUGUACCAUCUCUUGCCAAGUCCCAGGAAAUAGAAAUCCUGGACACAAAAUGAAGGACAGGGGUGCAGAGAUUCUAAGUACAACUAGAACUGAAUAGGGAUGGAGAUGGGGUCCAGGACACAGCCCCCGUAUCAAACCAAGGCCUCCAAGAGGCGAUUCCAGACACAAUCCCUACCCCUCCCAGCCUGAGGGGAUCUCGGCACAACAACUCCCUAGACACAGUCUCGAGGAUGGGGUCACUGCAUACAGCUUUCCUACCAUGCCAAGGCCUGGGGGAACUCCAAGCACAGCCUGCCCCCAGGCCUCAGAGGCACCCUGGGCACAGCAUCCCCCCAAUCCUUGGGCGGUGUCCCAGGCACAGCCCCUUCUCAAACAAGGUCCCUGUGCCUGGAACUCCACCCCACCCCAGCCUGAAUAAAAUAAGGACAAUUUCAGGCAACCCCCACCCCCUCCACCCCUUGGCUUGGUCAAGGGUCCCAGGGCACAGGAACCCCUAGGCCACCCCCUUUGUCCCCAGGGCAGCCCAGCUGUGUAAGAGUGGCCCCACCCGCAGGCAAGGUACCGUUUCCCCCUCCUUGACCUGGCCCCCCAGGCUCCAGGAUUCAGGCUGGGCUGGGGGCGGCUCCCCAGGGACCCGGAGCAGCCCUGUCUGUCUGCAGCGUCUGCGGUGACGGUGACGGCGGCUUUGUGUGUGGGCGGACCCCGGAGGCCUGAGCGGCAUCUGCCCCCAGCCCCCUGUGGGGCCCCGGGGCCCCCAGAAACCUGCAGGACGGAGCCAGACGGGGCGGGCACCAUGAACAAGUUACGGCAGAGCCUAAGGCGGAGGAAGCCAGCCUACGUGCCCGAGGCGUCGCGCCCGCACCAGUGGCAGGCGGAUGAGGAUGCGGUUCGCAAGGGCACGUGCAGCUUCCCGGUCAGGUACCUGGGCCAUGUGGAGGUGGAGGAGUCCCGGGGGAUGCACGUGUGUGAAGAUGCAGUGAAGAAGCUGAAGGCGAUGGGCCGAAAGUCCGUGAAGUCUGUCCUGUGGGUGUCAGCCGAUGGGCUCCGAGUGGUAGAUGACAAGACCAAGGAUCUUCUGGUCGACCAGACCAUUGAAAAGGUCUCCUUUUGUGCUCCUGACCGCAACCUGGACAAGGCUUUCUCCUACAUCUGCCGUGACGGGACCACUCGCCGCUGGAUCUGCCACUGUUUUCUGGCGCUCAAGGACUCUGGCGAGAGGCUGAGCCACGCUGUGGGCUGUGCUUUUGCCGCCUGCCUGGAGCGAAAACAGCGACGGGAGAAGGAAUGUGGGGUCACGGCCGCCUUCGAUGCCAGCCGCACCAGCUUUGCCCGCGAGGGCUCCUUCCGUCUGUCUGGGGGUGGGCGGCCCGCGGAGCGAGAGGCCCCGGACAAGAAGAAAGCAGAGGCAGCAGCAGCCCCCACUGUGGCUCCUGGCCCUGCCCAGCCUGGGCAUGUGUCCCCAACACCAGCCACCACAUCCCCCGGUGAGAAGGGUGAGGCAGGCACUCCUGUGGCUGCAGGUACUACUGCGGCUGCCAUCCCCCGGCGCCAUGCCCCGCUGGAGCAGCUGGUUCGUCAGGGCUCCUUCCGUGGAUUCCCAGCACUCAGCCAGAAGAACUCGCCUUUCAAACGGCAGCUGAGCCUACGGCUGAAUGAGCUGCCAUCCACGCUGCAGCGCCGCACUGACUUCCAGGUGAAGGGUACAGUGCCUGAGCUGGAGCCUCCUGGUGCCAGCGACAGUGACAGCAUCAACGCUCUGUGCACACAGAUCAGUUCGUCUUUUGCCAGUACCGGAGUGCCAGCACCCGGGCCACCACCUGCCACAACAGGGACUUCUGCCUGGGGUGAGCCCUCUGUGCCCCCUGCAGCUGCCUUCCAGCCUGGGCACAAGCGGACACCUUCGGAGGCUGAGCGGUGGCUGGAGGAGGUGUCACAGGUGGCCAAAGCCCAGCAGCAGCAGCAGCAGCAACAGCAGGCAGCCUCGGUGUCCCCGGUGCCCACCAUGCCUCCCGCCCUCCAGCCUUUCCCCGCCUCGGUAGGGCCCUUCGACACGGCACCCACCCAGGUGGCCGUGUUCCUGCCACCCCCACACAUGCAGCCCCCUUUUGUGCCCGCCUACCCAGGCUUGGGCUACCCACCGAUGCCCCGGGUGCCCGUGGUGGGCAUCACGCCCUCACAGAUGGUGGCCAACGCCUUCUGCUCAGCUGCCCAACUCCAGCCUCAGCCUGCCACUCUGCUUGGGAAAGCUGGGGCCUUCCCGCCCCCUGCCAUACCCAGUGCCCCUGGGAGCCAGGCCCGCCCUCGCCCCAAUGGGGCCCCCUGGCCCCCAGAGCCAGCGCCUGCCCCAGCCCCGGAGUUGGACCCCUUUGAGGCCCAGUGGGCGGCAUUAGAAGGCAAACCCGCUGUUGAGAAACCCUCCAAUCCCUUUUCUGGCGACUUGCAGAAGACAUUUGAGAUUGAACUGUAGCUCAAGCCGCCCCGCCCACCCCACGUGCCCCACACCUGGGAGUGGAGGCACAACCUCUCCCCUAACCCUGCUCCCUGGGGCUGCGCCCCUCAACACCCUCUCAACAUCCCCACCUCUCUCAACCACCCCACAACCACUAGAGAACCAACAUUGUGAUGCCCAGGUUGCAACAGGAUGGAAUUCAGGGACGGACCCAGCCUGGCUAAGGGAACCAUUUCACUGCCGGACUUAGGCUGGCAAUGCCCCCUUCCCCCACCCCAGACACGGGGAUUGCCACAAUCCCACUGAAUGCCCUCGGUUCACACUUCAUUUCCCAGUUUCUGUUGACCUCCCACCUUCCAGUGUUGGACAGGAUGGAGGGGGGACGCCUGCUCAGGGGCUCUCCUGGGUCCCACACCAGUGCCCACCCCAAAUCUGGUCGUCUCCUCCCCCCAUACACAGCACAAGCUAAGGGCUGCCCUCUGCCCACACUUGUUCACUGCCAGUGCUGAACUCAACCCCAUCGCCCUCCAACUCUGGGGCCCAUGUCUUCCUUGGGCCAAGGUCUCAUGGGGACUGGGGCCAAGUUGGGGGCCCAGGAGGCAGGGAGGGGGGAGGAGAGGAAGAUGCGCAGUUACCUCAUGAUGGUGCCCGCUGGGAGGGGUCCGGGAAGAAGGGGAAGGGGUGCCUGGCGGGUACUUUUCUAUCUUUUAUUUCCAGAUUUUUUUUGUAUCUAAACUUGAAGAUUUGUAUUAUACAAAGACAGCCAAUAAAGGGAGAAUAUAACGCCCCUUGGGAAACAAGGGUUUGUGUAGGGGCGGGGCAGCCCCAGAGCCUUUCCUCCUGAGUCAUGGACUGAAACGGAGUCAGAAGGGUGUCCGUGAGUGAUAACCUGUGAGUCAUUGCGUGAAAACAGGUACCACUGACUCAGCACCUGCCAGGCAGGUAUUAAAGGAGCCUAAAUUAAUCACCCCAUUUCCAUCCUUACAGAAUCCGAACCCAAAAUUAAUCACCCCAUUUCCAUCCUUACAGAAUCCGAACCCAAAAUUAAUCACCCCAUUUCCAUCCUUACAGGAUUCGAACCAAGAAACUAAAAACAAAUACUAUAAACUGCUGGUCCAGCAUAGUGGCUCACGCCUGUAAUCCCGGUACUUUGGGAGGCCAGGGCAGGCAGAUCACUUCAGGUCAGGAGUUCAAGACCAGCCUGGCCAACAUGGAGAAACCCUGUCUCUACUAAAAAUUGAAAAAUUAGCCCGGUGUGGUGGCGCACACCUGUAGUCCCAGCUAUUUUUCAUUCGUGUUUGUUUUGUUUUCUGUUAACAAAUGUUUGAUAUUUUCUCAAUUCCAGCUAUUCUUGUGGCUGAGGUACAAGAAUCACUUGAACCCAGGGGUGGAAGUUGCAGUGAGCCAAGGUCACACCACUGCACUCCAGCCUGGGCAACAGUGGGACUGUUGAAAAAACAAACAAACUUCCAGUCAGUUCAAUAUUCAUGUUUUAAUGAGUCGGAUUGGUAGCAUCUCUGCCCGUGCUGGCAAAUUCCUGUUUUGUCAGCAUUUUCCAUAACUCUGGCCAAAGUGUCACCUGAUGUGGCAACGUUUUUCGGUCUCCGUGUUGUUUCUUGAGUCCUUUGAUCUAAUGUAUAAGAUGUAUUUUAAAAUAUAUAUAAUAUAUAAAUUUUGCUUUGUUAUAGCUCUUUAAAUGA